ACUAAAUAAAUAAACUUUUUUGUAACUUUGCUCGCAUUUAAAAAAUAUCCUUUAUUCAACUACUAUUAGAAUAUAUUAGAGAUACAAAUAUGUCAGAAAACUCAUUGGAAGGACUGGAAAACCAGCUUGAGCUAUUUUGUGAGAACAUUCGACAGAUCGGUAUAAUAGUUUCAGAUUUUCAGCCACAAGGCCAAGCUGUCCUGAAUCAAAAAAUUCAAACAUUGAUAUCAGAUCUUCAAAAAAUAGACAAAUCGAGAAAGAAUGUUGUUGGUGACAUCCACAUCCCUCUUGCUGUUUUUGAUUAUAUUGAUCAAGGAAGAAAUCCUCAACUCUACACGAAAGAUUGCAUUGAAAAAGCAUUAAACAAAAAUGAGGAAACAAAAGGUAGCACGCCUUCAAACAUGCCACUGUUCGGAAAAUCUCAAAAAAGUCCUGCUGAGCUUGUGAAAGCUCUGAAGGAAGCUCUCAAAGCUUUAGAAGCAUUAAAAACAUUAGAGCGUGGUGAUAAAAAAGCUGAGAAGGCACAGGAGGAUGUCAGUAAGAACUUGGCAUCCAUUAAGAAUAUGCUUUAUGGAACAUCAGACACAGAACCACAAACGGACAUCGUCGUAUCACAGCUAGCGCAAGAACUUUACAAUAGCAAUCUUCUUCUCCUUCUCAUCCAGAACCUUAAUCGAAUUGACUUCGAAGGUAAGAAAGAUGUGGCGCAAGUGUUCAAUAAUGUACUUAGACGACAAAUUGGCACACGAUCACCGACAGUUGAAUAUAUUUGCACAAAACCAGAAAUUCUAUUUGCGCUGAUGGCUGGCUAUGAACAUCAGGAGAUUGCACUUAAUUGUGGCACAAUGUUAAGAGAAUGUGCACGAUAUGAAGCGCUCGCUAAAAUUAUGCUUCAUUCAGAAGAAUUCUUCAACUUCUUUCAAUAUGUUGAAGUGUCAACAUUCGAUAUAGCAUCGGAUGCAUUUUCCACAUUCAAGGAACUUCUUACUCGCCACAAAAUUCUCUGUGCUGAGUUUCUGGAAGCCAAUUACGAUAAAGUUUUCACACAUUAUCAACGUUUGUUGAAUUCAGAAAAUUAUGUUACAAGACGUCAAAGUUUGAAGCUUUUGGGUGAAUUGCUUUUGGAUCGUCACAAUUUCACAGUGAUGACAAAAUACAUUUCAAAUCCUGAUAACUUGAAGCUUAUGAUGAACAUGCUGAGAGAGAAAUCAAGAAAUAUUCAAUUUGAAGCCUUCCAUGUUUUUAAGGUGUUUGUGGCCAAUCCCAACAAACCAAAACCAAUUUUGGAGAUUUUGUUGCGCAAUCAAGACAAACUUGUUGAGUUUCUUACCCGCUUUCACACCGAACGAUCGGAAGAUGAGCAGUUCAAUGAUGAGAAAGCUUAUCUGAUCAAGCAAAUAAAAGAGCUGAAGCCUAUAACUGAUGGGACGACAUCUCAACAACAAUGAUCGAUGAUUGAUGAAUUCUAAACUGAUGAAAGAAGCCUCGGAAUUCACUUUUUUAUUUCUUUCUUUUCUUUUUUUCGCUCGCAUUUUCAUUUCAUUGUAUUUGUUUCUCCUUUUUUUGCGCAAAACGAAGAAGAUGAGAAGAAGAAGAAAGAAGACGAAGGAAGAGGAGUAUGAGGAGUAGGAGGAGGAGGAGAAAAUAAUUAAUUUAUUUAAAAACCAAACGAAGAAAAUUCCGCUUUCAUUCACUUUUCUUCUCGGCAUUAUGUAUUCUAUUUAGAUAAAUGUAAUUAAUCACAGAAUGCAAUUCUUUGAACAUGAAAAGUGCUAUCAGAGCGAGACGACGCUAAUGAAUUUUUUUUUCUUGUUUUAUGUUUCGUUGAUUUUUCUCUCAAUUCACUGCAACAAACAGUGAUGGAUUAAUGAGCAAAAUCAUGAUCAGCCUGUUUUAAGAACAUUUCUUUUUCUCUGUUUUCGAGAAAUUAAUUGUUAAAUAUUAAUGAAUGGAUGAUAAGUAAAAAAAACAUUAGAUUUUAGAAGGAAAGCAAGAAAAA